UAUAAACAGAAGCAUUUGAAAAAGAUGAAUAGAAUACAAACAUUUUUGAUUCCAGAAAGCAACGGCUGAAAAUGGAAAGUGAAACCAAAGAUGAAACAAAAAACACAACGGUGCUGUAUAAGAAAUCCUUAAGUAUUCUCCGUGGGAGGCGCUCUCGACCAUCCUCCAUAAGAAGCCACAAUUGUCCCAAAAGUGGAACACUUCAUCUGAAAGUGCGGACUUCAGAAGAUCACCUAUAUUAUUGCGACGGUGCCAAAAUCAAAAGAGACCUCAGUAUCGAAACAGAUAUAUGUAGAAAGAGACAUUACAUCAGAAAGAGAGCAAGUAAAUAUUCGGAUUCUAUAAAAUCUACUUUUGCAGAUGGAGACUCUAGUUGUGCUGAGCCUGAGGCGAGAGCCGUUAAGUAUCAUAAUGCAGACGUUGUGUCACUAAUUGUUGACAAUUUUAGAGGUUUACUCAAUAAAUGGAUUCGUGAGUACCUUUUAGACAGUUCCGAUAAUUUGCAGAAAAUUGAAGCUAUACGUGAAUCUCUUCUGCGAAAAUGUGAUAAAAGACUAAAUCGAGCUUCAAAAUCUACAUGUAAAUGUAGUUUGGACAGUAGGAGAAAAAGAGUGGGGCGUCAAUAUUUGACAAAAGAUAUUAGCAUAACUAACUGUGAAACUUGCUCAAAUUACACUGUGCCACUACAAAAUAAACGAUGUACUCUGAUCUCUUCUCUAAGUCUUCCAAGAAAUAUAGAUAAGCAAGGCAAUACUUUUAGUAGCAUGAAUAUCUGGGUUCCUUUAAAUCGACCAUUAGAUGUAGCAGAUUCUACUUUAAUUCUACUUACAAUGUCGUCUCGGUCGUUUACUAAACGCUGCGCCACUUACAAUGAACCUAAACCAUGCAUAGAAAAAAAACAAUCAUUUGUAAACCUUCAAGGUAAAAAAACUAUUUACAGAACGGUGACUAGUGAAGGACCAAUGAUUCUGCGACCUUCAACGGCAAGAGUGGAAACUAUCAGUCUUGUUAGAAAUAUUUAUGCAGAUAGUCAUAUUCAAAUGCAAACCAAGACAAACAAUGAUAAAAAUACAAUGACUGAAGAGCAUAGUUAUGAAUGUAGGUCAUGCUCUAGAAGUAAUAACAGCAGGAAAAAUUUGAGAAAGUUAAAAUCGUCUGGCUUAUGUUUAAAUAACAUCAAAUCCAGACAUUUUACGUAUUUGUAUAGGAAAGCAAGCAAAAGGAAUUCACGAAGUAAUGAAUUCAUAAAUCACUUCCAAACAAUAUUAAAUUACUUUGAGCAAUACGAAGGACAAAAUAAUGUAAUACUCGAUGUACAUGUUAACGUCUUACCAGUUGAAAAUGUAGUAUCGCAUCAAGAACAUUUAAAUAAAACUUGCGAACAUCAAUUUAUCAUUUCAACAGUUGGUAAAGCAAACUGCGCAUGUUUAGACACUUUAAUGGAAUCUCGAGAAUCAGAAUCCAGUUCGAAAGAUAGUAAAAGUUCUGAAAAUGUAAAUCGUCCGGAGAUAAUAUCACUCUUGGAUUGUUCUGAAAGCAAAGCCAAGUAUAUUGUGGAGACUGCAAAUAACUCCGAUGUUGUAGAAGUUGAGGAGCCUCAGCAAAGCAAUAAUAAUCCAGAAUCAUAUGCUUCAAAUACUAACCCAGAAUCAUUUAUUUUGGAUAAUAAAUUAAAUAUCUGUUACCAGAUCAAUUCACUAAAAAAUGUGAUAAAAGGUUUAACAUUGACAGCAGAAAAAUUAAUCAGCGAUCAUAUGCAAGAAAAAAAUGAUACUUCAUGUAGGUCAACUCAGGUGGAUGUUUAUCAAUGUCAUGCGGCGGUCGAUACAUUAAUUCAGAGCUUUCCAAAUACAUCAACUCCUAUGAAUUCAAAUAAUCAAUCUAAUCAAUCAUAUGCUAUGUGGUACUCACAGAAUCCCGUGUUAUUUGACACCGUUCCGGAGAUGACGAAACAAUUGAUGAACGUGGAAAUGGCGAAUUAUAAAACGCCGAUAGAAUGUCUUGAUUCAAAAUCUAUACCACAUCCAUCAUCUGCACGUGAUAAAAACAAUGAUUCGUUUAAGGACUUAAAACCAGAAGACCAGCAUCAUAACCAGUCCAAAUCAUGCUCUAAUCAAUCCAAAGGAAUUCAGUUUUCAUGUAAUAUGGCAGGCAUUAACCCUGGCUUAAAACUACAGACACAAUCAAAAACCACAGAUUAUUUCCCUAUACUUGCAAAGAAACCUUCAUUUUGUUACAUAGAAAGUGAAUCUCUUCUAAAAGUAACAGAUAUGACUUCUAAACCUGAUAUUCCAAUACCGAGAACGGUUAAAGAAGUAGGACUCACUUGUUCCUUUGAUAAUCCUUCUUUAAAUUUUGAAAUAAUGCAAGAAAAAGUGGCUCGUAACACAACACCGUUUACUCGUAGUAGUAUUAAAUUAUAUAGUUGUGGAGAUGGUUUCAGUAAACGUGAAACUUAUGUAUCUCCCGUGACAGAACCCCGAUACUCCCAACGUAUACAGAAGACAUCUACAGUCCAAUGUCAAUCUGAUGAGCUUAUGCAACAAUUUUAUAUAAACCAAGAGAGGUCUGAAAUAUUGGAUCAAUACAAUCAAAGUGACCUAAAGUCUUCUAAGAAAGCGAGAUGCGGCUGA